CAUGUUGCCAACAUAAUAAUCAAAAUGUCAUUUUACUUUAUUCAUAACCUCAAUAUAUUUAAAUAAAUGAAAAUUUGAUAUUUGAAUUGUUUUUAUGACAAUUUAAGAAUUAGAACAAGUUUAAUUAAAGAGAACAAUUCCGACAUUUUUCUAUUUUUAAAGUUUUAGCGGGUGAAGUACUGUACAAUCAUUGUUUUACUUUCAAAAAAUACUCGAUCAAACCAAACGAUCGAAGCAGACAGAUGACGGUCCGAUACUCUUGAAUAUUUUCGGGUGUUCCUGAAAGUCCUAAUAUUCCUGUUUUCAUUUUCACCCAAAGUGGCUCUUCCUGAAAAUGUUGAGAAUCGCCAGAGGAGUACAAAAUAAAAAGAUAUGGAAGCAACACACACUGCCAGUACUCACAGUUCCCAGACCCCUUAGUUAUAAUAACUGUUAUACAAUAAUUUCAUCUCGGCAGUACAGUCAAAGUUCAGACUCACAAAGUGGUGGUAGUGGAGGCCGAAAACUUUUGUUAGCUGUUGGAGCAUUAGUAGCAGCUGGAGGAGCCACCUUGGCAUAUGCUAAGCACGACAAUGAUUUUAGGAAAACUUUAACGGGAGUGGCUCCAUUUACUGAUGAUUUUAUUUCUGUGUUGUGGCAAGAAAAAAGUACUGGUAAUAAUGUAUUAGUUACUUCAUAUCAAAAUGUUAAAGGUUUUGUGACUGGUUUCACAAAUAAGGAUGAUACUCCACAUCCAGUUAAACAAACAUCCGCACCACCACAGUAUAAAGCAGCGCCACCAGUUCCAAAAAUUAAGAAAGAAGACACAAAACCGUCGGAGACAUCUGAAGUCAGACUGGAGAAGAUGGAAAGUACUAAACCAGGAUCUUCUGUUGAUAUUGGAGCUAAUUCAAAACCGAAACAAGAAAAAAAAUCAUUUGGCGAUGCUGGAGAAUACUCUGCAGAAAAUAUAACAAAAUUGGAACAGAAAAUUUGCCAGUCAGCCGAAGAAGCUGUUAACGCUUUUAACAAGGCUGUGUAUAUCACUAAAUUGUACAACGCUGAUAUAGAAUAUAUUGUUGACGAGGCAGUGAACGAGAUCAAGUCGGAGACUUGGGAACAAAUCAAGAGUAAGACAAGAUCGAAGAUUGAAUGUGUUAAAAGAGCGGUGGAAAAAGCAGAUAUCGCAACAAAGGAUAUAAAUAAGUUGAAGUUUUUAAUAUCUAGUCGAAAUUUCGAUGUACCUGAAUCAAGUAAACAGAUAAUAAGGGACAAUAUCAUAAAAGUUCAGGAAGACAUCGAAAAUGCAAGGAAAGAACUUGAACGGGAACAAAAAACUGGAAAGGUUUCUGAAAAGUACUGGGAUAAAAUUGAAAAGGCUAGACAUCACUUUUCAGAAGAGUUGGAGAGUCUCUUCCCCACUGUCGAUCUAGCAAAACAAGAAUUAAAUGUUAACAAAGAAGAUUUGGAUCUCUUUGUUUUGCACGCGUAUGCGAAUGUUUUAUUCUAUCAGAAGGAAUUGGCUAAAAUGGAAACGAUUAUUAACGAAAAGAUGAGAUUAGCCAUCGAAGCCGCUAAACAAGGUGGCUUUGAAGAGUUAACGGACGCUCAAAUACGCGAAGCAUUGGAACAGGAGAAAAGGAGAAUAGCAUUAACUUUCCAGCAUCAAGUACUGAAGCUGAGGAAAGAACAUGAAUUAGAGCUGAGAGACGCGUUAAAAAGACAAUCCCAAACUUUUACGGAUCAUUUGGAAGACGAAGUGAAGAAAAGGGAAGAAGAAAUCCAAAGAUGCUUAUCCCGGAAGUUUGAUGAAGUUUUAGAGAAUGAAAGAUCUAAGGCGAAAGUACAAAUGGCUGCUGUAGUGGGACGUCUCAAAGGGAUUGAUGAAGCUCUUCAAGAAAAACAUAGGUCAGAGGAAGCUGCUAAGCAGGGUCAAGUAUUAUGGAGCGCCUGUCAAUCUUUGUUAGGGGCUCUUACGAUUGGGUGUCCAGGAUUAACUUGGAAAGAUCAAAUUCGACCAUUGGAUCCUGAAAUUAGAGCUGUAGAAAAAGCUGCAGUUGAAAAAGAUGAUCUAGUGUCUGCUGUAGUCAAUGGCAUUCCCAAAGAGGCUCGAGACAGGGGAGUUUACCCAGAAGAUGCAUUGCGAGAACGGUUUCUUAAAGUUGAAAAAGUCGCAAGAACGGUUGCGCUGAUACCUGCAGAGGGCGCGUCACUACCUAUUCACUUAUUAUCCUUCUUGCAAUCAUUACUGUUGAUUAGGGCAGCUAGUCCAAUACCACAGGCUGAAUUAAAUGACGAGAAAGUAGAUGUUAGCAAAUUAAAUACUAUUGAAAUUUUGCAAAGAGCAAGGUAUUGGUUAGACCGAGGCGAUUUUGCACAAUCCUUAAAAUACAUGAACUUACUGACAGGUGCUCCCAGGUGCGUAGCAAGAGAGUGGAUGAACGAGACAAGAAUAUAUUUAGAAACUCGACAGGCUGCAAAUACAUUAAUGGCAUACGCUACGUCUAGUGGUCUUUCGUGUUUAUAAAGUACUGAGUCAACUAGUAUAAAUUUUAUUAAUUGCAGUUUGUUUAAAAACCUUUUGUUUAUAAUGAUCAAGUUAAUUCCUUUGCAUGUGUUGUAAAAUAUUAUUUCCAAUUG